AUGGAACAACCAGCCAUGUCAUGGCCGGAGCAGCUACAUGAGAAUAAUCUCAUCACUGCGCCUGGUGAAGAAGAAUUCUCCAACUUGUUCGAGUUCAACAUGCCUUUUCCCGAAAUCGAGCACGGACCAGGGAAUAUGCAACAUUCCCAUUCCCUACCGACCACCACCGGCCCGGACUCAGAUAUGGCUCACCUACGAUCGCAUGCCGUGCAAUACUCGGGCCAGAUGGAGGGCCUCAUGGAUUUCAAUGAUAACACACAGUCGCACACCCAAGGCCACCCAAUGCCUUACUCAACUCCCCACAUGACCCCGGGCUUUUGCGCGCAGCAAUCACCCAUGUCGCAACCGCCUUCGCACCAACAAUACAUGCAGGGCCACAACAUGGUCCCUCCUACCCCGAACAGUAUUGAGAUGCAUGGCAACACUGCCCGAUACCCCCAGCGCGUGGAUGAAACCCCGGAUAUGUACGAUGGCUAUUCACGCAUCAACGAGGAACAGGCCCUCUACACUCCUCUUAUCUCACCGGCUAUGACGCCUCUGGAGAACCAAUUUCGACUCCCCGAAUACACAAUCCCCGGCGAAUACUUCACACCUCUCACCUCUCCCGCCCUGGAGGCCCAAAAUGCCGAAUCCAGCAGUUACCAGUAUCAUGCAAGACAGGUAUCGGAUAUGGGCUUCGUUCCCACUACUGCGGAGGUCAACCCCCUCCCCGGAACCUCGGCUCCACCUUCUCCUAGCAUCAUUCGGAAGCCCAACACUCGUCACCGGCCAUCACCGGCCACUACCCGACUCAAUAACACACGGAAGGUCAAGCAAUCACCUAUUAUUCGGGCGCAGCGCAAACGCAGCACUUUGGCAACCAAUUCGGAGGAGUUCUACAAUAGCCUUACCCAGGAGAUGAACUCCACAAAGCCGCAAAACCAGGAUAUCCGCUCACUUCAGCUCAGCAGCAACGAGGGUUCUGGCCAGGACUCAGUAUCCCCCGAGCCAUUAUCAGAACCGAUGAUGCCCCCUCCCGCUCUUCCUCCCCCUCGGAUGUCCCCUGCAAUUGCUCCCCAUGUUAAAUCUUCCUCGCCCGGUACUGCUGCCACCCCUGCGCUUUUGAUGCGCAUCCAGCGGAAUCAGCAUUCGCAAGACCCCGCAGGACAGUUCCGCGGUCAAGCGCAGCUCGCAGAGCCUCCAGCCGAGUUCCCAGAUGACAUAAUGGAAGAUAUAUCACUUCCAGAGGCGGCCGCUCCUUCGCAGCUGCGUCCGAAACCCAACCGCAUCGAUACAGCCGUACGGACUCCGUCGAUCCCCUCGAAUGGGACACCUUUCUUGGAUCCUUUGUCCGCGACGUACGAUAAACCUCCCAGCGCUUCUCUUGCUCCCAGUCCACGCACAAGUGCAAUGCCAUCUCCUAGUGGGCCGGUCCCUCGAAAAGAUUCCAGGUCCGCGUCUAGUCGGAAACGACCUAGUAUGAGUUCCACCCAGGCCAGCCCACAGUUGCGGCCCAAGAUUAGUCCCAGCAUCCAGCCACUUAUGAAAGGUAGCGAGGGCAUGUCACAAGAUGCGCUUUACCUCGCAUCAAAGUCCAACUACCAACACAUCCUCGACGGCACUUUGCCAUCGGGUGUGAGCUACCCAGAGGCUCUGGCAGAGAACCUAAGCUCUAAGCGGACGAAUCACAAGCUUGCAGAGCAGGGACGCCGGAAUCGAAUCAACAAUGCGCUCAAGGAGAUUGAACUUCUUAUUCCGCAGGAGUUCAUUGAUGCCCGCAACGCCAAGGAAGCUGCAGAAUCCGGUGGCAAGGCCAACGAGAAGGAAAAAGAGAAAGAAAAGGCCAACCAGGCCAUCAGCAAGGCCACCGCCGUCGAGAUGGCCAUUGAUUACAUCAAAGCUUUGAAGACAACUUUGGACACAACCACUGCCAAGUUGGCCGCCGCCGAGGCCAAGCUGUCGGGCGAGCCCUCUAAGGAAAGCUCAACGUCAACUUCCACUCAAUCUGAGAAGACCCCAAAUGAUGUUGCCGACUCAGAGACGAAGAGUCCGGCGUGA